AUGUUAUCAAAUAAAUCGAACAAAUCACUCAAUGGAAAAGAGGAAGAAAAGGCGUUUUCACGGUCAUGUACACUGUCCAAACAAUUUGUGGAUAACUUCCAGACUAUUCUGCCGAGAAUAAUUGAUGAUUGCCUGUCGAAAGGAUCUCUUUUAGAUAAUGCGGAUAUGAAAGCUCGUAUCAAAAAAAUGUCAUUGUACUAUACUCUAGAGACGAAACCACUUUUGGGCGAGCUAAUGCUAUAUGCCUUCGAAAUUCUUAACGGUGAUGAAAGUCCGAACGAAGAAUUACGACAGAAAGCUUAUGUGUUGGCAUGCGUUUUGGAAUUGGGUAUAUCUUAUUUCUUAUUCAUCGAUGAUAUAGAGGAUGAGAGCAAAGUGCGUUUCAGUAAGCCCUGCUGGUAUUUUUUGCCGGACGUUGGCUCGUUGGCCAUGAAUGACUGCAGUAUUCUUCGGAGUGUCAUCCAUGAACUGUUACGACAAAACUUCCCCGCAUCGAUGUAUUUGCAAUUAAUUAAUUUUGUCAAUAAGAUAUAUAUUGUAACAGCAAUUGGCCAACACAUGGACAUAGCAUUAGCAAGUAAAAGAAACUAUGACAACUAUACGAUGGACAAUUAUUGCUCCAUGGCGGUAAAUAAACAGAUAUUUGCUAUAAAAGGGCCGAUAGUGUUCGCUCUUCUUUUGGCAAAUAAAGCCACAGAUGUAUUUAUGCAUCAAGUGCAAGAUAUUUCCAUGGAUAUAGCCAUUCUUCUGCAAAUUCAGAACGACUUGAUGGAUUUAAAUUGCGAUGGGUUGAAAUCUUCCACCGAUAUUCAGAAAGGUAAAUGUUCCUGGCUAGCAGUUAAGGCACUGGAAAUAUGCAAUGAGAAGCAGCGCAGUAUUUUUGAAAAAUGUUAUGGAAGCUGGGAUCCAAAUCAUGUAAAAGUGAUUCAGGAACUAUACGAAGAAUUAAACUUAUCACAAUUGUUUUUUGAAGAAAAGCAGACUCGACAUGAAGCGUUUCUGAGGAAUAUAAAGGAGCUGACGCCAAAUAUUAUACCUGGUGUAAACUUCUACCAAAAACUCUUCAAGUUACUCGUUGAUUUAAAGAUA